GUUUGAAUAGUGAUCGGCCUGUGGACAUUUAUUAUUCGGAAUAUAUUACAAAAUCUAUGAAAGUAGUGACAUAAUGUAGUCUUGGAUUAAACAAAUGGAUUAACGAUGUAACAGACUAUAAUGUGUUAAUGAGGUUUUAGGUCAACUUCAAUAGUUGGCUAAUGAAAUCCAAAGGUAAAGGUGGUUGACAUAAAUUUUUAAAAAUUAAAAUUUAUCCAGGUGUGAAAAUUUCAAAAUUCAAAAAUGGAGCUUUAUUCAGUGGUACAGACAUUUUGGAUGCUAUGGAUGUUAGUAAUUUAUUAUUCACCGGAUUGUGCAUUAGGAAUCGAUGUGCACAUCACAGACUCAGAAUUACCUGGUAGGAUUAUCUUCAAUACUUUUAUUGAAGAAAACUGGAUAUAUUCAAUGGCUGAAGAAAGUUCUUCACAAGCUAAGAAGCUAGUAAUACUCAAUGACAAUGGUAAAGUUUUGCUUCAGUCUAGGCUGUCAUGUGAUUCUUUGAUUCAAAAUCCAGUGUCAUUUUUUAUCCAUUGUCAGCACAAGACGCUCACAAAUAGAACGGAGUUGCCAAUAAAUGUACAUAUACAUGGACAAAAUUGUUACAUGAAGCACAGGCGAAAAGAUGAAAUGCGAGAAUCUAAUUUAGUCACUGUAUCGAUAAAUAGUCAUAAAUCAAUAGGUGACUGUUUCAUCCCUGGUGACAUUUUAGCCCCUUUGAGAGAUCAUCUCCCUCUCAAAUUAACGCAAGGUGUGAUCAAAUAUAGAUUGGAGAAUAACAGGAACUUGUACAUUAAUUCCCUAACAGGUGUAAUUAGCACUAAUCAUUCAAUAUGUCUCCAGGAAAUUCCACUGACACUUUUAAUCACACUAGAAUCUCUUAAUGACAAACAGAGGACAGAUAGCACCACCCUUCUGCAAGUUAUUAUAAAUCCCAAAAUUGAUAGCCCAUCUCUGAGAUUUCAAUCUGAAGCUCAUAACAAAAUACGACACAGACACAAGUCAAGUAAACGAUUGAAACGUGCAACAAAUACUCGACCGAGGUUUCAAAAAUCCCAGUAUGUCGAUUACAUCAAAGAGGAACAAAAUCCAGGAUUGUCUGUGAUCACAAUCUCUGCACAAGAUCCAGAUUCUGGUCAGGCUGGCACUUUAACAUAUUCUCUCGAAGCAACAUCUGAUCGAAGGAGUGAAACUAUGUUCACAAUAGACCCAACAUCUGGCUACGUCUCAACUGUGAAAAAACUAGACCGAGAGAGUAUGGACAAGCACUACUUUCAAGUUAUUGCGACUGAUAAUGGGUCACCCCCUCUAAGUGCAAUUACUGCUCUAACAAUCUAUGUUGAUGAUGUCAAUGACCAUACUCCAGAAUUUGAAAAUCCAACAUAUGCCAAGUCUAUCUCAGAGUCCCGGUAUAUUGGGUCAACUGUUUUAACAGUUAGAGCAACUGAUGGUGAUUUCGGCUCCAAUUCUCAUAUCAAAUAUAGCAUUUUGAAUCCUAGUGGUGGAAAUGAAGCAUUUUUGAUAAAUGAGAUCACUGGAAGUAUUACAACCCGUAGAAAUUUGGAUAGAGAAACCCAGGAUUUCUAUAAGUUAGUAAUUCAGGCCCAUGAUGAUGCAGAAAUCUCAAAGCGUAGAAGUUCCACUGCAGAAGUCGAGAUAACUGUUUUGGAUGAGAAUGAUAACUACCCUCAGUUCACUCAACGAUCAUACAAUGUAGAAGUCUCUGAAUCGAUCGAUCCAGCCCUGAGUCCUGUGAUCGCAGAAAUAAGCGCAACUGACAAAGAUGAUGGUUCUAAUGCCAGACUGCGCUAUAGCAUCACUGGUGGUAAUUCACAGGAUAUGUUUGGCAUUGAUAGUCUAACAGGUGACUUAUCCAUCCUAACUGAUCUUGAUUUUGAAAACACCCGAAAUUAUAGAUUGGUAGUAAGAGCUCAAGAUGGGGGUUCCCCAUCUAAAAGUAACAGCACUAAUGUACUUGUUCGAGUCAAAGAUGAGAAUGAUAACACGCCAAGGUUCCUGGCACCAUUUUUUCGUGAGAGUGUCUUAGAAAGUGUAGAUGUGGGCCAUAGUCUACUCCAUGUUCAGGCAUUUGAUAGUGACAGUAACGAUAACUCCGCCCUUAUUUAUACCAUUGUUGAUCCCCCUCAAGAUAUGCCUUUAGAAAUUAAUCGAGAGACAGGCUGGAUUGUGACCAAUGGGAAGUUAGAUAGAGAAACCACUGAAAAGUAUUCAUUUCACGUUGAAGCCAAAGACCAAGGUAUUCCUCCCUUGUCUGCAAGCACAAGUGUGAUAAUCACCAUUCGUGACGUGAAUGAUAAUGCACCAGUAUUCUCCCCAAAUAUCUACCAUGCUAUGGUAUCGGAGGAAGAUUACCCACCAACGCUGGUUGAGACUGUUACAGCCACUGAUCAGGAUGAAGGAGAAAAUGGCAGAGUGACAUAUGACAUCACAGCGGGGAACGAUCGGAGAUCAUUUGAUAUCGUAAGCAACUACAUGGGUCAAGGACAGAUUUUACUGGCAAAGAAGCUUGACUUUAAACGACAAAGCAGGUACAUUCUUACAAUUGUAGCCAGAGAUGUAGGGGAUAAUGUAGACACGGCAACAGUUUUCAUCAAUGUCUCAGAUGCUAACACUAAGCGACCUGUCUUCAGAGGUACUCCUUAUAGGGCCCAAGUUGACGAAGAUGUUGGAGUCGGUACAAGUGUAUUCACCGUCUCAGCUACUGAUGGAGACUCUGGAGAGAAUGCGAGAAUAACAUAUUCGCUUGAUUCCUCAAACACUGUCUUCAGAAUUGAUGAAAAUACGGGUGUGAUAAGUACAAGAGAGGACCUAGAUAGAGAGACAACCCCUGGAUAUACAGUAAGUGUAACAGCAACUGAUAAUGGACGUCCUAGAAAGUCUGAUACAACUGAUGUUGAAAUCGUUAUUAAUGAUGUGAAUGAUAAUAGUCCUGAGUUCUCUGAGGAUAUCUACAUGGGAAGGAUUCCUGAGGAUGCUGCAGUUGGCACAAGUGUUCUUACAGUUACAGCAACAGAUCGAGACUCGGGUAAUAACGAACAGAUUUAUUUCACCUUUGAAAAUGGAAAUGAUGGAAAUGGUGAUUUUACAGUAGAGCCUACAUUGGGAAUAGUCCGUACAGCAAAGCAUCUUGAUCGUGAACGACAGGCUGAGUAUGAAUUAAAAUUAUUUGCUAAUGACAAUGGUAUCCCAAUGAAGUCAUCCUCUGUCAUAGUUCGUGUCACUUUAGAUGACAUAAAUGAUAAUGCACCAGCAUUUGAUUCAGACCCUAUUGACCUCUAUAUCAAAGAGAACAGCCCCAUAGGAUCAACUGUCGAUAAUAUUGUAGCAGUUGACCCUGAUGUAGGUGAAAAUGCGAAAGUCGAGUAUAAAAUAGUUGGAGGUGAAGAUGCAAAUCUUUUUUCUCUUGUGACUAAUCGGAAUGAGCCUGCCGUACUUAUAACAGAAACUGAGUUAGACUAUGAAGGUCCAAAACGAGAAUACAAAAUUCUUGUACAUGCAACCUCAAACCAUCUGUUCUCUGAAGUAGACGUUAUAAUCCAUGUACAAGAUAUCAACGAUAACGUGCCGCAACUGCAGGAUUUUACUAUUGUGUUCAACAACUAUAAAAAUCAUUUUCCUACAAGUCAUAUCGGUAGGGUACCAGCGUUUGACCCGGAUGUGAAUGAUGAGCUGAAAUAUCGUUUUAUAUCGAAGAAUGCUGAAAGUAUACUUCACCUUGAGGAACGUACAGGACUUGUCAAAUUAGACCCUAGACUCAACUCUGAUGUUCCCAGGAAUGGCACAUUUCAAGUCAGCGUGUCGGAUGGUAUAAAUGAGGUGAAAGCGAUUUGCUCAUUGUUUGUCCGAUUGGUUACCGAAGAUAUGCUCUUCAACAGCAUCACGGUACGGCUCAACGACACGACCCAGACUCACUUCCUGUCCCCAGUCUACAACUUAUUUCUCGAUGCGUUAUCUCAUGUUAUUCCGGCCCCAAAGAAGGAUAUCUUCAUAAUUAAUAUUCGGGAAGAUACAGAUGUGAUGUCACGGAUCCUCAAUGUGAGUUUCUCUGUGAGGGAGAAGAUCGUAGAGAGUCGUGAUGUCUUCAGAACGCAACAGUAUCUCAGGGAAAGAGUUUACCUACAAAGAGGCGUUCUUGCACAGAUAUCUCAACUGGAGGUCCUUCCAUUUGAUGACAAUCUCUGUGUUAGGGAACCGUGUUUUAAGUAUGAAGAAUGUCUCUCUAUACUCAAGUUUGGAAAUGCCUCAGAUUUUAUAUUUUCUCCAACGAUGUUAUUCCGACCAAUUCAUCCAAUCAGCGCAUUUGAAUGCAGAUGCCCUGAAGGCUUUACAGGCUCAUCAUCAGAGUACCUUUGCGAUACUGAGGUCAAUUUGUGCUAUUCCAAACCUUGUAAUGGCAAUGGUAGCUGUAUUCGCAGAGAGGGUGGCUUCAGUUGUCAGUGUGCUGAUGGAUUUGCAGGUGACAACUGUCAGGUUGAUACACGUCAUGAUAAAUGUAACCCAGAUGAGAAUGUAUGUCGAGCCCCGUCCCAAUGUGUCCCACUGAUCUCUGGAGGGUUCAGAUGUGACGACUGUCCCGAUGAGGAUUAUUAUAACGAUUUCUGCGAUUUGACGACUAGGAGCUUCAGUAAAGGUUCCUUCCUGUUGUACGAGUCUAUGAAGCAGAGACAUCGCUUUAAGAUACAACUACAGUUUGCGACACAAUCCAAAUAUGGUCUGCUGUUUUACAAUGGCCGCUACAAUGGACGUCACGAUUUCAUUGCCUUGGAGAUAAUUGGCGGACAGGUCCAGUUUGCAUUCUCACUAGGCUCUGAGAUGACGAGGGUCAAAACAAACAUCAAGGGAGGAGUUAACACAGGGGAAUGGACUGACGUCUCUGUAAGCUACCUCAAUAAGACAGUGACACUCAGCGUUGGAGCCGACUGUGACACAGAGAUAUCACUGAAAUAUGGCGACCAGUUGGGCAACUAUUCCUGCGCUGCUAGAGCCACACAGACCCUUGAUGACGUAUGCAAAAACCCAACAAAGCUAUGUCACAGAUUCUUGGACCUAACAGGACCUCUACACAUCGGGGCUGUCCCGAAUGCCCCAACAGACUUCCAGGUUCUCAGCGUGGACUAUGAAGGCUGCAUGAGAGACCUCUAUAUCGAUAACAAGUUUGUUAGUUUUGAUGAUUACGUCUGGAACACAGGGACCCAGAAAGGGUGUCCUUCUAAGAGAAGCUUCUGUGCAGAGAACCCUUGCAAGAAUGGAGGAAUAUGCAAGGAUGUGUGGGGAACAUAUGUUUGUGAAUGUAAAUCACGGUAUGGAGGCAAGGACUGUACUCAAGAAAUCAGCGAAGCACUCCAAUUGGAUGAAAGUUUCAUUGCGUAUGACAAUCCUGCUGUUCCUGUUAUAUCACAGAACCUGGUCUGGUACAAUGGCCUGUCAUUUAGAACCUGGCAGACAUCAGGUCUUCUAAUGCAGAUACAACUUGGCAAUGGGGACAAGAUCAGUAUAGAGAUCGUCAAUGGCUACAUCCACUAUAUUCACCCAGAGAAGACGGCCAUCUUGGAUUCUGUCACUGUUAACGACGGCCAGUGGCACUACAUGGAGGCCAGAUGGUAUGAAGGUGAUUUGAAACUUGAACUGGACUACGGACAUAAAGAGGUUGUCAUACCUAUGGGAGACUGGGUGGUUGGUCAACGUGUGGUGGAGGUGUAUGUAGGAGGUGUAGGAGUGAACGUUGGAUCUAAUACACUUGUCCAGAAGGCUCUGCAGGGCUGUGUGAAGAAUAUUCAGGUUGGAAAUGAACAGAACUCGAUGUUGAGAAAUCCGAGGCUGCAUCGCGUUGAGAGUGGAUGUGAUGUCAGAGAUACAUGCGAAAGUGGCAUAUGCCCCAAGGAGAGUGUCUGUAUGGAUCGCUGGCAGCGCCAUGAGUGCAUGUGUUAUGAAGGUCACACAGGUCCCAAUUGCAGUCCUGUUUGUUCCAACUGGAAUCCUUGUACCGUUGGUUCUGAAUGUAAACAAUCUCCCAUGUCCUCAAAUGGCUAUACAUGCGAAUGUGACGAAUUACACUCUGGGCAGUAUUGCGAAGAUGCCUUGGUUCAGCCCUGCCCAUCCUCAUGGUGGGGGUACCCUAUAUGUGGUCCAUGUAAUUGUCCGAAGGAAAGAGGGUUCGACCCAGCUUGCAAUAAAACAACAGGCGUCUGCCACUGCAAAGCAAACCACUACAGACCAUCAGGGAGUGAUACAUGCUUCCCUUGUGAUUGUUAUUGGCGAGGGUCUGAUGGAAGGUCAUGUGACCCAGUGACAGGACAAUGUUUGUGUAAAGCGGGUGUUAUCGGAAGAAGAUGUGACACAUGCUCAAGUGUCCAUGCUGAGGUGACAAGCAGUGGUUGUGUCAUUGUGUAUGAUGAGUGUCCCUUGAACUAUGCUGGAGGAAUCUGGUGGCAGAGUAUUGCAUAUAACUCCAUGCAGUAUAACGGUUGCCCUCCUGGGACUAUAGGCCAAGCCUCACGUUACUGUGACGACAAAAAUGGUUGGGGACCUGUCAACAAUGUCAACUGUACCUCAAGGCAUUUUGCAAUCCUUAGACAACAAUUAGGGCUCAUAGAGACAGGCCUAUUGAAGGUCAAUACAUUCCUGGCUAAGGAACUUGCAGAAAAGUUGAACGCUGCGACUGAAAUGACGAAGGAAAUGUAUGGGGCAGAUGUUACGAUAGCUUAUAGGCUUAUUACUCAAAUUCUUUUGUAUGAAAACAAGCAGACUGGGCUUAAUUUAACCCAUGCUCAGGACAGGAACUUUAUACAGAAUAUCAUCAACUCAAUGGGAAGAAUAGUUGAUGUAAAGUAUGCAUCCUAUUGGCAUACAAUACACGAGACAUCAGGGGGCGCUGUUGAAAUGAUGCAAAAGCUGGAACAGUACGUCCUGACACUUGCCAAAAACAUACAUGCUGCAGUGCUUGAGGCAUUUGACUCUGUACAUGAUAACAUAGUGCUUGGCCUUGACUUUGUUGACAAGAACAACUUCAGUGGAGUCUCCCUUCCCAAGUAUAACAACAAGGUGGUCAAUGAUGCCAUGUUUGACCAACAUACAACAUUCACAUUACCCCAGGGUCUGCUCAAGAAAUCUGCCAAUGACUGGGUUGAAGAAAUAGUGAAUGGUAAAGAGAUAGGCGCAGUUGUAGGCUAUGUCAUGUAUAGAACACUAGGGGACAUUCUACCCAAGGCCUACCAAGAUAACAUAAGAGUUGGAGGUAAUCAAACACUGAAUGCUCCCAUUGUGUCGAUAACGGUACUAGAUGGGCAGAACACCCUAUCCGGAUGGCAGGAGGAGCCAAUCAUUUUAGACUUCAAGCAAAAGAUCAGUGGAAAUCGUUCAAGUCCUCAAUGCAUGUAUUGGAAGUUUGAUGAGAGAUCUGACUACCUGGGUCGAUGGACUAGUGAGGGGUGUGAGGUGACAGGUAGAAGAGAGGAAGGCGAUCACCGUUUUGUGACGUGUUCUUGUAAGCAUCUCUCUAACUUUGGGCUGCUCAUGGACGUCUCAGCUGUGGAGUAUAUGCCUGGUGCUCCUGCAGUUGCCCAGAUGGUCACCUAUGCUGGUAUCUCAUUGUCUGUGGUCCUUCUCGUGAUUGUUCUCUUUGUCUUCCUCUUCCUCAUGCGCCUCGGCUCCAAUGCUAACACCAUCCACCUCAACCUCGUCUUCACCAUGAUCGUCUCUCAGGUGACCUUUGUAGUCGGUAUAUACAAGGUUGACCCUGCUUUGGCAUGUAAGAUCAUAUCCAUCAUCCUUCACUUCUUCUUCAUGAGCACAUUCGCUUGGAUGUUUGUUGAGGCCCUCCACAUCUACCGCAUGAUGACUGAGAUCCGUAACAUCAAUGUUGGCUCAAUGAAGUUCUACUUUGUCAUCGCAUAUGUUAUCCCUGGUAUAAUAGUUGGCCUGGCUGUUGGUCUGUCCACUGAUGGCUAUGGGACCAGAGAGUUUUGUUGGCUGAGUACCAGAGACUUACUGAUCUGGAGCUUUGCGGGUCCAAUCUGCCUCUGUGUGUUGUGCAAUAUUGUAGUUUUUGUGAUGGCCCUAAAGGUGGCGUGCUGUGACAUGGGAAAAGAGAAGGCAGAGGAGACUGAAGGCUUCAAAUCGAACAUGUGGCCGAUGUUUGUACUUCUUCCAAUACUCAGUGUCACUUGGGUGUUUGGCCUGCUCGCAGUCAAUGAGAAUAUCGAUGCUUUCCAUUACAUCUUCGCCAUCGUCAACGUCAUCCAAGCCACCAUUAUACUUGUAGCAUAUGUUAUACUCAACAAAAGGGUGCGUCGUGAGCUGCAUCACUCAUGGCUGUUGUGUCGUGGCAAGCCUGGGAUUGAUGACACAUUGGACAACACACACGUAACGCGGUCUGCAAUGGCGUACACCAAUGAUUCAUCCCUAGAUGGUGGUCUCCACCGUAUUAACAUUGGCAUGUCAACAACCUCAACCACUAGUAGGUCUACCAGCAAGACAGGGAGCAGCAGAGAAGGUCGUUAUUUGGCACACAGCGCUACAAGCACAUCAACUGGGUCAAGGUCAGGUCAUGUCCCAUCUCAUAAAAGUUUCCCUAAUGCAGGAAUCCCGCCAUAUGGCUACGACUAUCAAGACUCAUCCAUGUUUCAUAAUAAACCUCCCACUGAGGAUGACCCAGAUACUGGAGAGCUACAAGUGGUGCCAGAGCGUCGUCAUAGAGAUUCUGACUCCGACAGUGACCUCUCUAAUGACCUUGACCUUGCAUCAAGCCACUCCUCAGAUGAGGAUGAUGAUCCCAUGACAAGAUGGGAUUUGCCAAAAAAUAAAAUGUUAGAACAAUUAAAAUCUCAAACUCCUAAACAGUCACCAGUUUCUCCCUCAGGACCUGCACAUAGUACACCAUUAGGUCCUAGUGCAGGGUCACCUCCACCUUAUGCUAGUGUUACCAGUCCUCAUCAACCCAGUCCCAGGAUGCAGAGUCCGGGGAUGCAAAGUCCCAGGACAAGGUCACCUUGGGCCCCUGCAGACCCAUACAAUUACAUGAAUGAGGCCGAUAUACAGGAUCCUGAACAAAUAAAAACAUCAUAUUUAAGAUCAAGUAAAGAUCAACUUAAAAGUCCAGAAUCGGGAGGUAACAGUCCCAAACAUAUCGUGCCACCAAGGCGCAUUGACAGUCUUCCUAGUCCCGCAAGAAGCAAUAAAGCAUUAUCUAAACAGAGAAUAGCCGUCCAAGUGCUCACACAUAAUGGCAGUAUAUCAUCAGAGUCAGAAAAUAGCAAUGAGACCUCUGUAUAGUGGCAAUGGGUCAGGGUCCCGGAUGCAGCUGUUCAGUGAGUGUGCCAUAGAUCCCUUUGACGAAGACAUCGCUACUGUCUAGAACAAAGAGGGUGAUAUAUCUCGUACAAAGUAUGAGAGACAUGGUGAUAGUGUCAUACUUCAAAAGCGAAGGAUUUGCCAAAGUGAUAUCUAGAUCUGUGAAGUCAUUAAAGGUGAUACGCAUGGACUGCCAUAGAGGGUGCUAAAAGUCAGAUAUACGCUCCAUGUUGACUGUAGACACUUUGAUAUUGAUCACUUGAGUGAUAUUGGUUAAUCUAUGAUAUUGGUCAUAUUGAUAUUGGCCAUCGUGGAUAUUGAGAGAUACCAUACAGAGACAUACAUCAUCAAGUUUAUGUGAACGACAUACCAAAACAAGACACAGAUUAACAAGUGUUUGGAUAUAGACACACAAAACACACAGAAAGAUUUGCGGAUAAUUUUAAUUCCAUCUCAUAUGAGUUUAUCUCACAAAGAAUCAAAAAGAAAGACUUCUUUUACUAGUUAAAGGAGGAUGCUUGAGUUUGAAUACAUCUCCGCAUUCUGAAAUUGUGUUCAAUCCACAUGCUCUAACAUUAAUGAUAUCUGGAAAAUUCAGAACUUUUGAAUAUGUUUGAAUAUUUUCAAAAUUCUGAAACAUUUGAAAUUCUUUGAUUUCAUCAGAUUCUUCCAAGUCCAGAAAGUACAAGUACAUUCCAAAGCAUGGAGAAAAAGGUGCCACAAUAUAUAGAGUGCGUCAAAAUUGGUUCACUCUGUAUUUUAUUAUCAUACACUCACAAAUAUUCAAUCCAAUGCCCCAAGACAAAAUCAGUUGAGCAGAUUAUCUUUCAUGCACCAGUUUACACAAUGUAACAGUUUACACAGGCCAUUCACCGAAAUUGCCAUGUUUUCUUCGUCUGUCAAAAAGACUGUGUUUUUAUGUACCAAUUGUAAGAUUUUGUGAAGGAUGAAACGUUACGGUGCCAUUUUAAGAGAUAAGAUUUUAAAUCUUGAAUAAUUAUGUGUGUGUCCAUAUUUAUGAAUGUUGCAUGAAAGGUCAUAUUGCUUUUAUAUUCUCACAUGUAAAAGCAAUCUCAUGAUUGAUGCGCUCGAAUUAGUCUCAACUGGAUAUACAUUUACAUCUUAAAAUGAUUAAAUGAAACAAAAUGAUGAUGCAAAAUGAUGCAUAUUGUUGUCAUCAUCAUUUAAAUGCUAUCAAAAUGUGCAAUUUUAGAAACACUAACACAUUUCAUCCAGCAUAUGUUUUAAAUUAGAAUACAAGAAACAUCAUGCAGAACUGUUUGCCCACACUGAGUGUGUUCAUAGAGAAGACCAUAUUUGGAUGUCUGCAUGAAGAAAGAGGGUUGAUCUAAAAGUUUUUCACUGCAUUUUCUUAAUGGUAAGAAACUUUUGGCUCAGCCCUCAGAUGUGUUUGAAUGACUUAAUAUAAACCAUGUACAGAAUAAGCACUUUAAAGGCAUAUUUAUUGUUGUUUGGUGCAGAAUGUAGCCGUAUGUCUGAACAGUGAAACUGUCUCAUGUCAUACACACGAGGGUUGUUCAAAAAGUAUUCACAAAAAUACUAUUAUUGAACAGCCCGCAUACUUGUACAUAUAUUCAUAUAAAUAAUAUAUAUGUGUACAUUGUGAAACUUUUGCAGUACUUUGUGUAUCUGUAUAUAUUGCAUAUAUUUUGUUGCUUAAAGCAGUGCAUUGCAUAUCAAAAAGACUUUAUACUUAAGUUUUUUAAUUAUUUUCUAUUGUGUUGACUGGGUGAAAAUUUUAUGGAUUUUAAUUUUUUAUUCACUUGAUAUUUGUGGCAUGAUUCAACUUUAAUUUUGCAGCUAAUGUUUUAUAAAAUGUUUUAGAUAUUCACUUAAUAUGAUGCACUCUUCACAUCAUAUAAAUUAGCACCACUACACCAUUUGAAAUGUGAGGAACCAUACCAUUUAAUGAACCUUGGGCUAAAAUGAAACAUACAUAUUAGACACCCUGUAUGUGGGAGAAAUGUUGUCAAAGAUCCAAUAGACCUCUAAAAGUGAUAUAUAAUGAAACUCCGAUAUUAUAAAUACAGCUUCUAAUUCCUGUAUCGUGCACAGUCUCAAUAUUUGGCUCAGUCGAUGCUUCAUUCAUCUGUAUGAGGCAGUUGUUUUCAUGAGGUUCUUCACCAAACUGAAAGCUUGGAAAACAGUACAUGGGAAUAUAAUAGGAAAAGAUUUCCACCUAAGGAGACUUUCUUUAUUAUAUUCUCUAUCCAGUUAUUUCUCAGUGAUAGUAGACUAAUAUCAUGGUGAAUGAGAUUUUCAGUUUGUGUUUCUCAAUAUAUUUUUCAAAACAUAAGUUGUCCAAAAAUGGCCUCUACAGGGUGUCAAAUAAAUAUGUUCCCCCCCCCCCCCCCUUAAUUUCAAGAGAAUACACUUUUGUGCAUAAAAGUGCAUCUUAUUGAGCUAGUCAUCUGAAACUUCU